ACACGCCACCAAACUCUGCGUUUGCCUUGCAUUAAAAAAAAAUGGUUGUCUCACGCCGCUUGCUAUAUAGGCUACAAUGGAAGAGGCUUCGAUGGAAGCAACUCAAUGCAAAUCCCGGAGUCAUGCUGCCGCUGAAGGAGAAGGAUAAACCGAUCGUCCAGAAGCUGCUGUCGGCCGGCUGCUGCGCUCGCUGCGUCCUCAGGUUCUGCUGCGUCAGCGUCCAGGCUGCAUACAGACAACCCCAACAGGAUACACUGGAAGAACUUCGAGCUUUCAUCAGCGACGCAGAGGACAGCAAAUCAAAAGAUUCAACAGCGGCAGAGUCCACAGAAGGAAAGGACAAUGAUGCAGCAUUAUCAGAACCACCGAGUAAACGAGUGAAACUGGAGCCCAGCGGGACCGAUCCUCCGUCAGAGGAAGCUGCUGCUGGUCCUGCUGGUCCUGCUGCUGGUCCUGCUGAUGCUGAUGCUGCGGUCAAACUGGAGGAUGGAGAGCCGUGUGUGUGUGUGGUGUGUUUGGGGAUUUUACAGGACCUCUGUGGCCCGACCCCAGCCGUGAAGAUAGCGGAGAAGGUGAAGGCCGAAAAGUACGAGUUCGACACCCUGGUGCUGUCUGUGUCUCUGCCCGCUCAGCUGUGUGUCCGCGAGCACUCCUGUUGGCUUCAUGUAAAGAAGGAAAUGAGAGAGAAGAGCAUGGCGGUCGACAAAGACGACAUCAUCCAGGUGAAGGAGGCCUUUAAGUGGGUCAUGCAGGGCCUGGUCGCCAAGGAGCUGGGGGGCGUUGCCGUGGUUACCAGGAGUCCGUUCGAGGUCGGUGUGGGGUUCACUCACCCGGAGACGGACGCCGACUGCCACUUCCUGGCAUCGACGUGCGCCGACUGCUUCAAACCCACCAAGAACAAACAGUCGGUGUUCACCAGGAUGGCCGUGGUCAAAGCUCUGGAAAAGAUAUCUGAUGCCAAAUUCCUAAAACAUUACGCUUCACCACCAGCGCAGCCGACCAGCAGCUGCAGCCCUCAGGACGUCCAGUGUCUCCACGCGUCUGUCUUCGUAGCAGGCAGGUACAACAAGUUCUGCCGCAGCCUUCCUCAGACCCCCUGGGUGAUCGACGGCGAGCGGAGGAUGGAGUCGUCGGUGGAGGAGCUGAUCGCAGCGCCCCUCCUGUCUUCCUUCAGAGCCGACGAGUUUAAUUUCUCCUCGUCUGGCCGGGAGGACGUGGACGUCCGGACUCUUGGAAACGGUCGUCCGUUUGCGAUGGAGCUGCUGAACCCUCACCGGUCCCGACUCAGCCGAGUGGAGAUGAAGCAGCUGCAAGAGACCAUCAACGAGUCUUCGGACAAAAUCCGAGUGAGAGACCUGCAGAUUGUUUCCAGGGAGGCCAUGAGUCGGAUGAAGGAGGGAGAGGAGGAGAAAACCAAGACGUACACGGCGCUCGUCUGGACCCAGAAACCCAUUCAGAGUGAAGACAUCGCCUUCAUCGACCACAUCAAGGAUCUGACCCUGGACCAGAAGACCCCUCUGAGGGUCUUGCACCGCCGGGCGCUGGCCGUUCGCCAGCGCGUGGUCCACAGUAUGAACACCCGCUUCCUGGACUCCCAUCACUUCUACCUGGGGCUGAAGACGCAGGCCGGCACUUACAUCAAAGAGUUUGUCCACGGAGACUUUGGUCGCACCAAGCCCAACCUGUGCGUGCUGCUGAAGACGGACACAGACAUCCUGGAGCUCGACGUGGAGUCUGUCGACGUGGACUGGCCUCCGUCCAUACAGGAGUGAACGCCACCGCUGCCGGCCUCGUCCUGUUUUCUGAGAGGCCACAGGUUCGAUCUCCAUGAGAGCGAGCUGGUGUUCGGGGUCGGGAGCGCUACACCGAACCCACGGAGCACGGUUCAGGGUCUUUCUGAGACCGAAAACACGACUGUGUAAAACGCCGCAUGGAGGCGAAGAGGAAACCUGCGUCACCCGGUCCUGCCGGCUGCGUUGUGAAGCCGGCUCUCUUUACGUUCAGGUCCUGGACUGUAUCUUCAGUUGUAUCGCAGAAAAUGUUUAAUAGCACUUUCUAGUGGCUAUGUUCUGUUGUCAUUAGUUUCAGUUGAUUACGGACACUGAGACAAUUAUUUUGUUGUGUUAAGUUUUCUGAAAUGUGAUUAUUAAAGGUGCUCUAAGCGAUA